AUUGCUUGGGUCACGUGACAAAAUGGCGCCCCUCUAUUUUUGUAUACUGGUGUGUAACAGCUUACAGCAUGGUGUAAGUAGUAUGGGUGAUGUCACACCUGGAUAUGGUAUAGGUGCCGAAACGGUUAAUGACAGCGACGAGGUCAAGUUUAAUUUGACCUAACUCACGAAGUAAGAUGGUGAUUCGGAUGGUGCUUAUCGGAGAGUCCGGUACCGGAAAGAGUUACACGGCUAAUUCCAUAUUGGGGAAGAGUUUGCUUCGAGUGAGUAGUAAAGGCGUACCCACGACCAAAUCAUGUACAGUGGGAGAAACCGACCGAUUUGGAACUAAAUUCAAAAUUGUCGAUACGCCGGGCUUUCUCGGUGGGGAUUUGGAAACUAAUAAUCAUAUGAAAAAGAUAGUUGAGUUAACUCAUCCGGGACCCCAGGUAUUUCUGUUUACGUUUAACUGUGGCUCGCUGUUCUGUGAAAAUGACUUGGGUGUGAUAAAUUUGUAUAAAGAAUAUUUUGGUGAUGAUAUCUAUAACCAUGGGGUAGUUUUAUUCACACAGAAAAAUUCAAAGUUUUGUAAAGGAACGCCUUCUUCUUACAUACGAUCCUCUCCAAAAGCAUUACGGGAACUUGUGGAGUCGUGUGGAAAUCGCGUAGCACAGAUCGACAAUGCUUAUCCUGCUGAUAUUGACGUCGAUGUUAGAAAUCUCAUCAGUAUUGUGGUGGAUUUGGUUAACGAAAGAGAUCUACGUUAUUUGACUUUAGAUUCGGUCAAUAAUAAUCACAGUGACGGAGUUAACUCCUUAAAUGUAAACGUUGGGGUAUCCCAAACAAGACAUUCUGGUUCUGUUACAUCCAAAAAUAGUGAUUCCAAUAAAGACAUUUCCACUCCACAUGUUAAGGGAGCAAAUAGUUCUCCAAAAAAGCCUUGCCUAAUGUACAACUGUUCGGACGAACUUGUAAAGCAACAAAUGAAGUUGCUCGGAGAUGAAAUGUCAAAAAUGUCCUCGCUGGAGAAAAGACUGAAAGAAAAGCAAGAUCUCCAGAAGUUAUCGUCCAGCAAAAGCAGUGAUGUAGUGUGGUAUAAAAUGGUGGAUGAUGGCAUAUCACUGAUUACACAAUUUAAUCAGUGUAUUAAAGAUAUAUUUGAAGAUGAUGCAGCUGGCCUUCUACCAAAUGAAAAUGUUCGCUGAUCGAAGCAUUGACAUAAAAUCCAAAACUUUGUCGAUGUUAACGUGCCAAUUAAUCUGUGUUUCGUUCGUCUGCGUCAUUAAUCUUUGUUAUUGACUGACGUAGUAGUACACAAGUAGUUAUUGUUUGUAAUGUUCAUGCUUAGUGAAGUUAUUGUUAAAUUGUGAGAUUUUAAUUCAAAAUACGUCUGAAGAAAACCAGUAUGUAUUGUUAACUUGGCCCAAAGUAGUCAUUAAGUGCAAUGGCCGUGAAUUUUAUAACCGUAUAUACAAGUAUUGCUUUACACAAUCCUGUCUUGAAAUGUUAUUUUUGGAACGGUAUUGUUUUACUACCAGUAUUCAUAAAGUGUAUUUUUCAACCAUUAAACUUAUUGAAACUGAAGACUGGGAUUUAUUUGUUAUCUUGGUAUUAAGGCAAAUUGUUAAUCUACCAUGUAAAGUUGGACAAAAAAAAUUACACUGGGACAUGUUAAAAUUAUUUUUAGAUAUUUGAAAUUUUGCUAUACGUUAUAUGUAAAAACGAAUAAAAUUCUAAAUAUAUUCA